AUGCUGCGUGCGCCGGCGGCGCAGGUUCCGCCGCCGCCGCCCGGAGGGCCCCGCGGGACAGCAGCUGGACCGCCGUGCCCGCCACGCCCGCGGCAGGGCUGCCACCACCGGCGCGCGCCCGGCCUGGCCCGAGGCUGCCUGGCCGUGCCAGUCCUGUGGCCCGCCCUGCGCCGGGCCCGAGGCAGCGCCCGCCACCGGCUGCGCCGGACAGCCGGCCCCGCGGUGCAGGUCCUGGAGCCCGCCGCGACGUCUGCUGUGGGCCUGCGGCCCCGCCGCGCAGAGGUCCUCGUGGACUUCGACGCCCUUCUCCUGUGGCUGGCCAGCGCGGGUGGCGAGGUGCGCGGCCUGAGCUACCACGCGCUGGACCGCAGGGCCACACGCGUCGUCCGCCGGCUGCGGGCUCAGGGGGUGGACCUGCACAUCUUCGUGAGCGGCGCAGGAGGGCCCGAGCCAGAGGGCCCGGGCGGCGCGGCACGCAGCUGGCGGUGGUGGCUCGAGCAGGCCUCCGCCGGGCGGGGCCGGCCUGGGGCCGCCGCGCUCGCGCUGCCGCUGGCCGCCGCGCAGCUGGAGGCGACCUUGCGGCGUGUCGGUGCCCGCGUCACGCACUGCGAGGGCAGCGCUGCCGCUCACGUCGCGGCGCUGGCUGAGCGCGAACCCUCAGCACUUGCGAUUUUCAACGACUCGGGCAAGAUUAUGCAGGCGGGCGCUCUGGAGCAAGUGCCGCUGCGGCUGAGCCUCGAGCAGAGUGGCCCCAGAGAGGGUGCUGGCAUCGAGGAGCUUGCGCUCCUGCCACCGACUCGCAAACAGUACUGGAGUGUCACAGAGGUUAUCGAUCACCUGAGCAUCGACGCGCCGAUCGGCGAACAGUUUUCAAGCCAGCGAGCUGCUGGCGCGGCAGGCGAACAAGGCUCGGCCUCCAGCAUCGCCGCCCUGCCCGCGUGGCUGGCUGGCGCCCGCGAGCAUGGGCGGCGAUGGUGCGGCGCCGCGCCCGGGGAUGUCAGGUCUGCCGGGGCCCUGUCGGAGCUCACGCUGCCGCUGCGGCGCGUGGCGUAUCUGCUGGUGCCGCCGCCUGGCGGGCGCGUGAUGGAGUACGGCGCCGGAGCAUCGGGCGACCUUUGCAGCAAGCCGGUCGAGGCGGAGACGGACGAAUCCCUCGAGCUGGACGCCAUUCUCGCGCUGGCGCCCCUGCAGCGAGAGUGGCUGCUCGAGCGCGCGCUCGCCAUGGCCGGCCGCGGAGAGCCUGGCUGGCUCGGGUCCUGGGCGCGGCUGGCCCGCGGGCGCAGGAGGUACCCGCCCGGCGUCGCGGAACGCGCGGCCUCCAGGAGCCCGUGGGGGGCGUGCCCCGGCGCGGCCUCGGCGGUGGUCUUCCUGGCGGAGCGGCGGGCGGCGCUGGGCGAGCCGCUGGGCGAGGCGGAGGUCAGCGCGCUGGCCUGGACCGCCGAGUUCUGCGUCUCCGAGCGCGGCGGCGCCGCCUCGAAGCGGGCGCUGCUCGCCACCCUGGAGGCGGUGCUGGCGGAGCAGGGCGCACUGCCCGCGGACCUGGACGGCCCCGCCGAGUUCGAGUUCGCGCUGGAUCUGACGGCCGACCUGGCGCGGGUGCUGGGCAUCGGUGGCGCGUGGUGUGCAGAGCCGCGUAGCUCGUUCGACAGCGUGCUGUGCGCCAAGAUCGCCGAGGCCCUCCGCAAUGGGGCCGACCUGCAGCGGAGCAUGCGGCGCGGCCCUGGCAAGAUGGCCGCCACGCGCGCCUCGAAGCUGGCCCGGGCCCUCCUGUCGCGGGUGCCGCUGGAGGGCGAUGACGAGCUGGAUCGGAGGGAGAAGCUGGCCGCCCUGAGGGACCGGGAGGACGGCGAGCUCGCGCGCGAGCUGGAGCUCGAGUCCGCCCAGACCUCGCGGGCGGGCGCCGCGGGCGUUGCGCUCAGCGCCGUGGUGGGGCCGGCGCCCGCGCGCGAGGCCCAGCUGCAGCCGCCGGGGCAGCAAGCCGCGGCCGUGCCGGGCCGACGGGAGUCUCAGCAGCCGCGGAAGGCAAGGGCGGCGCCGCCGGAGGUUCCGCCGGAGGCGCCGCCUGCCUCCCGAGCGCGGCGGCCAGCUCCCGAGGAUGGGCGGUUCCAAGAUGGGGCCCUGCUACGGCAGGGACCUAAAAUUGGGAAGGGAGCCAAGAAGCGCCGACAGAAGGCGCUGCGGAAAGAGGCGCAGCGGCCGCCUGAGGAGCCGCCAGUUCCCGAGGGGGCAUGGGACGGGCCCGACCCGUGGGGGGAGAUGAAGGAGCCGCUGCCAGAGGAGGUGCUGGAGGCGGCGCGGCAGCUUGCGGCGGAGCUGGAGGCUCCCGACGAGACGCGGGUGGAGGCCGAUCCGCGGGAGGGUGCGCUGCCAGAGGGAGCGCGGCAGCCUCGGAAGGGUCCGUGGGAGGAGGCCGACCCGUGGGGGCAGCUGGGGCAGGCGCCGUCGGAGGAGGCGCGGCGGCCGCGGGAGCAAGCGCGGGCUCCCGAGGAGGGGUGGCAUGGGACCGACCCGUGGGGAGAGCUGAGGCAGGCGCUGCCGGAGGAGGCGCGGCGGCGGGCGGAGGAGCCUCGGGCCCCUGGCGGCCCGUGGGCGGAGGCCGACCCGUGGCAGGAGCUGAAGGGGGCACCGCCAGGGCAGGCGCAGCGGCUCCCGGAAGGGCCGCAGGCUGCGCAGGGCCCGUGGGCGGAGGCCGACCCGUGGCAGGGACUCCGCGAUCGCGCGGAGCAGGCCGCUGGCGGAGGCGGCGGUGCGUGGGAGCAGCACGAGGCUUCCGUCGCGGAGGACGUCUCGCUGGCCUGGGGACUGCUGGACCUCCAGGAGCGCGUGGAGCAGGCCCUGGGCGGAGGCGACGACGAAGCCUGGGAGGAGAGCGCCGACUUCGACGCGCUGGAGGGGGCGCUGGCCGCGGAGGAGCCCAGCCCAGAGCCCAGCGGCGAGCUGGAGGCCGCGCCGCGGCCCGCGGCGGCGGGGCCGCCGGCGCGAGAGCCGCUGCCGAUCGAGGCCAGGCGCGCGGACAUCAUGGCGCGCAUCGGCGCCCAGCGCGUCACCGUGGUCGCGGGCGCGACGGGGUGCGGGAAGUCCACGAUGGUGCCCCAGUUUCUGCUUGAGGAGCCCGCCUCGCGGGUGCUGGUCACGCAGCCGCGCCGCGUGGCCGCCAUAGGCAUCGCCAGGCACGUGGCCUCCCAGCGCGGCGAGCGCCUGGGGCAGGGCGUGGGGUACAGGAUAGGCGGCGAGUCUGUCGGCGCGAACUGUCGCCUGCAGCUCGCCACCGUGGGUUAUGCCCUGGCGUGGUUCCUGGCGCGGCCGGAGGCUUUCCAGGGCUUCACGCACAUCGUCCUGGACGAGGUCCACGAACAGAGCGCGGACAUGGAGAUGUUCCUGCUCCUUACGAAGCUGCUGAUGCAUUUUUUCCCAAGGACGAAAAUCGUCCUCAUGUCCGCCACGCUGCAGGCGGACGUGUUUGGCAAUUUUUUCUCCGAGUUCCUGGACGCGUCGUCCGCGGCGCCCAUUGCGGUCGAGGGCCGCACAUUUCCAGUCCGUCAGCUCUUCCUCGACGACAUCGUCGACGAGGCGGGUGAGUGGCACCAGCUCCUCCCAGCGGCGCAGGCUGUGCGAGCGCGAGAGGCGGUAAAGGAGUUCGACGCGGCGUGCGAAGGGCAGGGCUGGCUGGCGAAGUCGCCCCACAUCGCGCCCGGCCUCGGCAGGCUGGCGCUGAGCUUGGUGCCGCUGCUCGCGAGGUCCGGCGGCACGCUGGUCGUCUUCCUGCCCGGGCUCGUCGAGCUUGAGGACAUGGCCGACCUGUUCUCCUCGCUGGAAGCCCGGGCCCCCGACCCGGGCGGAGGCGGCAGCAGCGCGCCAUCCACUACAAAGUUUUCGUGA